UUUGUAAAGCAAAAUUACCAACAUGUCUAUCAGAGUUUUGCCUUUUUGGUUAUCAGUUCAACAAUUUUCUAUUGUUAAAAUGAAAUAUUUCGUUGCUUCAAUUUGCAUUUUUCAAUUGAUUGGUUUUUCGAUCGCUUGCGGCGGAUACAGUCUGGAUUUAGUCGAAGUGCAAAGUGGCCCAGAUAACAAUAUCAAAUUUAAAGAGAUAAUCGAGGCCAGAGUGACGGAUGAUUGUCGAACGGUUGGAGCCGCUUACUUGACCAUCGAGAGGCCAUUCACUUCAGCAUUGAUAUCUAUUAAGAUUAGACAAGGUUCUACGGAUCUAUUUACCAUAAAGAACAAGGAGCUGGGUGAAUAUUUAUCAAAUAUUGACAUUAAUGGAUUGGAAUUCCCUAUUCUAGAAGCAGGAACUGUUCUCAUCCGAUUUGCAGAAAGAGCGAACAUCUCGGAAUAUGGACCAUUUUUAGGAUUUAUUGCUGGACAGAUCAACGUGCUACUGAAGGUGUGCUACGAUGGAAAUGAAUACAAUCCAGAUGUAUUCGCGAUGGUUAUUAACAUCACACGGAAAAACAGUAUAUCGUCAGUGUAUUAGUCAUUGUCAAUAAAUACAAUAGAAUCUUAA